CAGCGAGCCCUCUCUUAGCUCCGAGCUUCGUCGAGUGUGUGUACACAGCAGUUGUAAUUUGCGCCGCGGAGACAUGGCUGGAUACCUGAAAGUCAUCAGCUCCCUGUCGAGGUCUGCCGCCGCUUUUUCCCGGAGCCCCGCGGUGCUCGCGCCGGCUGCUGCCCACUGCCAGACUUUACAACAAAGAAACUAUGCCGACAAACGCAUCAAAGUGUCCCAGCCGGUGGUGGAGAUGGACGGAGACGAGAUGACCAGGAUCAUCUGGGAGUUCAUCAAAGAGAAGCUCAUCCUUUCCAACGUGGACGUCGAGCUGAAGUACUACGACCUGGGCCUGCCGUACCGCGACCAGACCGACGACCAGGUCACCAUCGAUUCCGCGCUGGCCACCAAGAAGUACCACGUGGCGGUAAAGUGUGCCACCAUCACGCCCGACGAAGAGCGAGUGGAAGAGUUUAGCCUGAAGAAGAUGUGGAAAAGCCCAAAUGGAACCAUCAGGAACAUCCUGGGCGGCACCGUCUUCCGCGAGCCAAUCAUCUGCAAGAACAUUCCCAGGCUUGUACCCGGCUGGACGCAGCCCAUCACCAUUGGCAGACAUGCCUUUGGCGACCAAUACAGAGCCACAGACUUUGUUGUGGACCAGCCCGGCAAAUUCAAGAUGAUCUUCUCACCUGCUGAUGGCAGCGCAGGCAAGGAGUGGGAGGUGUAUGACUUCCCCGCUGGUGGCUGUGGAAUGGGCAUGUACAACACAGAUGAGUCUAUUUCAGGCUUUGCACACAGCUGCUUCCAGUAUGCCAUCGGUAAGAAGUGGCCGCUGUACUUGAGCACAAAGAACACCAUUCUUAAAGCCUACGACGGCAGAUUUAAGGACAUUUUCCAGGACAUCUAUGAGAAGAACUACAAGCCUCAAUUUGACAAACUGAAGAUCUGGUACGAGCACAGGCUCAUCGAUGACAUGGUCGCCCAGGUGCUCAAGUCCUCUGGAGCCUUUGUGUGGGCUUGCAAGAACUACGACGGAGACGUUCAGUCUGAUAUCCUCGCACAGGGAUUUGGCUCUCUGGGGCUGAUGACAUCAGUUCUCGUGUGCCCCGACGGCAAGACCAUCGAGGCCGAGGCCGCCCACGGCACAGUGACCAGGCACUUCCGCGAGCACCAGAAGGGAAGGCCGACUAGCACCAACCCCAUCGCCAGCAUUUUCGCCUGGACCCGAGGCCUGGAGCAUCGCGGCAAACUCGACGGCAAUCCUGACCUCAUCAAGUUUUCCCAGACGCUGGAGAGAGUGUGUGUAGAGACGGUCGAGAGCGGCACAAUGACCAAGGAUCUGGCCGGCUGCAUCCACGGCCUGCCCAAUGUCAAGCUGAACGAGCAUUACGUCAAUACGACAGACUUCCUCGACGCCAUCAAGACAAACCUGGACAAAGCCCUCGGCAAGUGAAGGACUUAAAAAGAACAGAGUUAACCUGGAGACGGCGUGUGUGUGUCUCUCCUGUGUUUUUGUACCUCAUUUUUAACUUAAAAAAAAAACAAAAAACAAAAGGUCAAUGAAUCCACUCGCCUUUCAUCUGAAGGAAAAAAGAAAAGAAAUAGUACUAUUUAUAGGAGGAUGUAGAGUUGUGUUUAGGUUAGUGUAAAAUGGUCGAGAUGUCGUGUCAGCUGAUGCCUCCCUCACAAUCUGUCUCCUUAUGUGCAAGGUUUUAUUUUUGUAAUGUGAAAUACUGUAUUCAGUUACUGUGUAAAUGCCUUGGGCAGGACUGAAGCCUGUGUCAAACACACUCACCAAUAAAUCCCUUGUUUGACCCAUUA